AUGCUGCAGCACUUGAAGAACGCGUUAGUUGAUAAACUUGAAGAACAACGUGAACAAGAACCUCAUUGUACAGUUAAAUGGGAAGACACAAGGAGAAUUGAAGUUAUUCCACAAAAAUAUAUUCGCUUAUCACCAUUACAAGAACCUGAAGAUAAGGUUACUUACACGAUUGUUAUUGAUGGUGUAAAACGUCAUGGAAAAGUUCUUGCUCAUGGUACAAAAGAAUAUUGUGAAUCUAUUCAACAAAAAUUAUCACCUCAAAAAUCAAAACGACAAGUUGGAAAUGCGGCUUCUGGAAAAAGUUCGAAUCUUGUCGAUGAUUUAUUAUUAAUGGGUAUUCUUGCAAAAUUAAUGAACAAUGUUGAAUCCGAUAAUACUCGUGAUAUUCAUGAUGCUGAAUGUGCUUCAUGUAAAAUGAAACCUAUUCGUCAAGUUGAUCGAUAUCAUUGUUUAGAAUGUUCAUCACCAAAUUAUGAUUUAUGUGGACGUUGUUUUGAAAGACGUCGACAAACAGGAAACCAUUUAAGUGGACAUGCUAUGGCUCAUUUUAAAUUGCCAAAUGAACUUUUAGGAAUGCAAUUUAAUAAUAUUGAUAAUGAAGUUAAGUUAAGUAAAUUAAAAAAAUUAGAUACACUUCGUUAUGAAAAACAUGAUGGUAUAAAUUGUGAUGGUGUUUGUCAUCAAAACAAUUUCGUUGGUUUACGUUUUAAAUGUGAUACAUGUCCGAAUUAUAAUUUAUGUGAAACAUGUGCAAUUACGAAACGUGUUUGUACGAAAAAUCAUGAAAGAGAUCAUCCAUUAAUAUUAACUUCGAAUAGAGUUAUUCCGAAAAUUGAUCCAAAUGAUAUAGAAAUUGGUGAAAUUCUAGGCAGAGGAGGUUUUGGUUAUGUAUGUAAAGCAAUAUGGCGAUCAAAAAAUCAUCAACUUGCUUGUAAAGUAAUUGAAAUAUCUGAUGGAUCAUCAACAUCACAUCAACUUCAACGAAGUUUUGUUCUUGAAUUAGCUGCAUAUCGAGAACUAUCAAGUCCAUAUAUUCUUCAAACAUUUGCUUAUGCAACUCGAACAAUACCAGCAAAUAGAAAUCGUGGACCAAAAACUCAAUUUAUGAUAUUAAUGGAAUUAAUGGGACGUGGAAGUUUAAUUAAUCUUCUUGAAACUCAACCAAAUAAAGUAUCAAUAAGACGCAAGUUAUCAAUGUCUCGACAAGUUGCAUCCGGUAUGAGACGCAUUCAUCAACAUGGAAUGAUACAUCGUGAUAUUCGACCUGAUAAUAUUCUUAUUACUGAUGAUUAUGUAGCUAAAAUUGGUGAUAUGGGUAUUGCUCGUAUUCUUGAUCGAAAUGACCAAACUCAAAUAGGCUGUAUACAAUUUAUGCCACCAGAAUUUUUUCGUAAUGCAUCUGAUGGACACGUUAAAUGUGAUGAAAAACUAGAUAUAUAUACAUAUGGUCUUACAUUAAAUCAAUUAUUUACAGAACGAAUGCAUGAUUUUCGUUUUGCAUCACCGUUACCUCGUAUUACAAUAACUAAAAAAAGUCCAGUUUUUUAUGAUGAAAUUAUUUUAAGAUGUUUAGAUGAUGAUUCUAAACGACGACCACGUGCUAUUGAAAUUGAAAAAACUUUAGAAUUAUUUGAACAAGCUUUUUUGGAAAACAUGAAAUCAGAAUCUUAUACAAGAAUGAAUACACAAGAGAAAGAUCAAGUUUUUAUUGAAUUUUAUGGAAAAAAUAAAAGUAAUAUUCAACGCUUUAUUAAAGAAAAAUUUCCUGAACAAUUUAUCAAAGAAAUUCCUAUUGAAUUUUCAAAUAAACAAAAACAAACACCAACGUCUGAAGAACAACACUUAAAUGAUCCUUGUCGUAUUAAUUAA